AACAAAAAUGUAUAGGCAUAUCUGACCACGAGUGUACCUAUCUUUCUAAUCAACUCUAUAAAACAUUUUCUCAUGGAAAAAUAUACAAGUAUAUGAAGUUGUUUUCGUAAAAACAAAGUUAUAUUAAAUAAAUUAUGAUUAUAAAAAUAUAUUUCUAAUCCACAAGCACAAGAACUCUGUGUUCAAAACAUAUUGACUAAUUAUUGGGCGUUAACAGUAUAGUGUUUUAUUGUCAAAAAUAUAUUAGUGAAAGUAUAUUUUUCUUACAUUUAAUAUAAAAAAUAUUCAAUAAUUUAAUGAAAUUAACGUAUAGAUAAUCAUUUCUUAUCACAAAAUGUCUGUUAAUAUUAAGAAAAAUGAGGAAUCUUUGAUCGCGGCAUGGAAGAAUGUUGUUGACGAUAAGUCAUUAACCAACUGGGCUUUAUUUAGUUAUGAAGGACAAACAAAUAAUUUAAAAGUAGUUUCUACUGGUCAAGGAGGUUUGGAAGAAAUGAUAGAAGAAUUAAAUAGUGGUCUUAUAAUGUACGCUUUUUGUCGUGUGAUCGACAAUAAAACAAGUUUACCAAAAUGUUUGCUUAUUAAUUGGCAAGGGGAUGGUGCACCUAUCGUAAGAAAGGGAACAUGUGCAAAUCAUAUACGAGAUAUAGAACGCCUACUAAAAGGGGUGCAUAUUACAAUAACUGCACGAUCAGAAGAAGAAGUUGAAGUCGAUUUAAUAAUGGAAAAACUUGCUCGUGCUACAGGAUCUGCAUAUAAAUUUAAUGAACGACGAGGUGAGAAUGGAAGUCAUAAGAAUCCUGUUGGUACUACUUAUCGAAGAGUGAAUCCAGAGCAAGAAAUUAAUGCUACUGAACGCGAUAAAUUUUGGCAAAAGGAAGAAAUAGAAGAGAAGGAACGAUUGGAACAAGAACGCAUUAAAAGUGAACAAAACCGACAAAAAUUAGAGAAAGAAAUUAGAAUGCGCGAAGAAAAAGAAAAUCAAAUUCGAGAAGAAAAGAUUAUUGUGAAGAAAACUACAAGCCAACGAACUGUGGAACACUGUUCUGAAGAAUUAAAAAAUAUUCGAAAUCAACAAACAAUUCAAAACUCUCAGAACAGUAUCUCUGAAGUUGAUACAAAAUCUCGAAGUGAAGAAUUGCGUCAACAGCGAAAUAAUGAAGCUCAGAAAUUAAUUGCUCAAAGAACAAUAAAUGCACGAGCUAUAUUUGAACAGAACACAUGUGCUGGUCAAUUAAAAACACCUUGUACUUAUUAUCCAGUAGAACAAAAAAGCAACAAUGUAGACAUAUCAAGAAAUACUACUAGUACUACUACUGCUACUACUAAAAGUACUGAAGAUAGUGAACGAAAAGAAGAAUCUAAAGAACUUUCAAGUAGUUUAAGUCAACCACAAAUAAAUAAUGAAGAAUUAAAGAAAAAUGAAUGUUUUAAUUCAGAACAAAGUCAUGGAGAAACUGUUAAUCCUCAAAGUGAAAUAGAAAGUCAGAUAAAGAAAGGAACAAAUGUUUCAAAAUUACAAAAUGAAGAAUCGUCAACUACUGUCGAAGAAGCAGAAAAUCAAUUAUAUAGUCAAUUAGAAGGAGAAUAUUUGUAUCUAGAUCCUAAUAAUGAAGGAAUGAAAGCGAGAGCUCUUUAUGAUUAUCAAGCUGCCGAUGAUACUGAAAUUACUUUUGAUCCGGGUGAUAUUAUUACACAUAUUGACGCUAUUGACGAAGGCUGGUGGCAAGGACUCGGUCCAGAUGGAACAUACGGUCUAUUUCCUGCUAAUCACGUAGAAGUUAUUAACUAGACUUCAAUCCAUUGAACACACAAACAUUUAAUGUAAUAUAUUAUAAUAAUCUGAAUAUUUAAUCAGAAUUCGAUUUACUUUUAGCAAAUAUAUUUAUCCCCCUUUGUUGAAGAGGUGAAGCUAAAAAUAAUCCGACAAAAAUAAUAGUUUAUUUUCUAUGUUAAUAAUGGAUAGAACAGUAUUUUUUUGUGAAAUAAUUUCUAUCAACUUAUCUUAACAUCUGUAUAACAUUUUCUUUUAUUCUCAAUUUUUUGUCUUUCAAAUCAUCAUUGUGAAGGAGUAAUAUAAAACAAAGUUGUAAACUGUUGAAAAAUUUUUCAAAUUCAAUGAAAGCAUUGAAAGCUGAUGGGAAGUGAGUGUAAGUAGGACGAUUUUUUUAUUUCUCAGUUUUGAUGAUAUUCAUAGAUAUUUUAUUAAGAAGAAACAUAUAUAUUUUAAAAUUAAGAAAAAUAUAUAGAAAACCAGAUAACAAACUAAAAUUUUAUGAAAGGAAAUUGUUUUAUUUUAAUUGCAAUUCUCUUUUAUUUUCAAUGAAAUUUUAUUAUUUAUUCGAAUAAUAUUAAAAUGUUAUAAUUAUUUGAUUUAUAUUUUUAUGGACGAUAAAAUAAUAAUACGUCUUACUUUGAUCGCGGGUUAGGAUUGCGAUUAUUUUAUUUUUUUCAUUAUUAUUUUUUCUCAAAUGGUGAAUAAAAUUUCUUUUAAUAACUUAUUAGUCGAUUAAUUAAUUAAUUAAUUGACUAAUUUAAAUUUAUAAAAUUAGGUGUAACAAACAAACUUAGAAACUAAGUUUUCUUUUCUAAAUCCAAAAGAGAAUAGGAAAAAGAACAUUUUUUUAUGAAAGUUUAAUUGAAAUUUUCAUUGUUUUUAAUGUAAAAAAAUUUUUAAUUAGACAAAAUUAUGUCCAAUUUACACACACUUCUCACUUAUGAAAAUUCAUAUAAGAUGAAUAUAAAUUUUUUGAUAUAUAAUGUUUAUUUAUAUAAUUAUUAUUAUUAGUAUCCAAUAAAGUCAAUUUUUUAAAAUGAAUCUUUAUUCUUGAACGGUUAACGUUUAACAGCUGUAAAAAUGAAGAUUGUUUCCAUUUUUUUACCACUCACACUCCUUUUCACAUACAACUGAAAAAAAUCUUAUUAAUGAAUAAUAAUUUUUUAUUAUUUAAUAAAAUAAUAAUGUUAAGCGGAUUUACUUGCAUUUUUUAAAACACCUUGAAUACUAUAAGAGUUAAGGAUAAAUUUUUUUAAAUUGUAGGUCUCACUGGCGGACAAAUAAUGAGAGUCUUUGAGCCAUAUUAAUAAAGAUUAACUAAUUUUUUUUUGCAUUUUAAAACUUUUUGAAAAAUCGUUUUUUGUCCAAAACAUAAAAAAUGUUAGGACACCUAUGAAUAUUUUUUUUGUUUUAAUUUUGUAGAGUAUUUUAAGACGCAUUUUUUUAGCUAUUAACGAACAUUAUACUGUUAUUCUAUCCAAAGUUAUUAAAUUUUUAAAAAUUAAAAAAAAAACGUUUUCUGACCAUAAUUUAAAAAAAUUUAUUGACACCUAUAGAUAUUUAUCUCUAGUUUUGUAGAGUUUUUUAAAAUGCAUCUUUUGAACUAUUAGUAAAAAAAAAUAAAAAUUAUUAAAAUUUGUAAUCCCGUGUGGAAAAAGCCACGAUCUGGCCCUCAAGAGUUCGGGGCCCCCGGCGGGAGCCCAUGAGGGCUGCUCCAUAUGGCGAAUCCAUGAGGGGCAACGUAGGGGCCCCGCAUGGAUCGCCCUCAUGAUCGAUUAGCAAAAUUUUCUAAGUCCAAAAUUCAAAUAUUUUUUCGUCAACAAAAAAUGAAUGUUUCCAAUGAUUCAAAACAACGAAAAACGCGUUUUUAAUAAAAAUAUAUUUACACUUUUUUUGAAAAUUCACCUGAGAUGAUUCAUGAUAAUAAUCAUAAAGCAUAUAAUUAAUUAUAUUUUAUAAAUUGCAUUUGAUUGGAAAAUAUAAUUUAAUAUCUUAACUUUAACUAAAUGAUGUUAAGCACUUUUCUUUGUUAGGUAUUUUUUAAGUUUAAAUAGCAUCAAGAAGUUAGCAUUCGUUUUGAAGUAGCGUGCGUAGCGUAGUUGGUAAAGCGUUAGACUCAUAGUCUGUAGGUCGUAGGUUCGAUUCCCCCCAUGCGUUAGAUUUAUUUAUUUCUCAGGUUUGCGUUUAAUCAUUAAUUCUAUGUAUGAAUUAAUUGAAAAAUGAAAAUAUCCGUUAAUAGUAUGCAUAAAUUACAUAUUUUUUAAUUUUUUAAUUAAUUAAUUUAUUAUUACUUUUAAUUAUAUCGGACAGUUAAUUAAUUAGAACGUUAAUUAAUAAAUUCAAUUUGAGUAAGAAUUUAAUUUAAAAUUGAAUAAUUAUUAAAUAAAUAUGUUAUUUAUUCAUAACUUAAGCUUAUUUAUUAUUAAUUAACUUUUAUUAUUAAUAUUAUUGAUUAAAAAACAUUAUGGCAAACUUGAGGGGAAACGUGAGGGCCCAUAAGGGCGCCCUCAUCGAUGAGCAUGUCGUUUCCAUGAGGGGCCCCUAUGGAUCAUCCAUAUGCGCCCCUCAUGGCAUGAGGGCGAUCCAUAAGGGCCCCCACUGGGGGCCCACAUCACUUUUCCACACGGGAUAAUAUAAAAAUAUAUAAUUAUUGAGAUUCGUUAAUAUUUUCAGAUUAUGAAUACAUAAAAUUUAUCAUAAAAUAUUUACAUUUAAAUUUAAACAUUUUGUAUAUCGACAAAUAAAUAAUUCUCAGAAUAA